AUGGACAAAGAAAUGGUGGCCGUUGGAGAUGAGACCGGCAUGAGAGACUCGUCUGAAGACGAAGAUGAAGAAGAAAAGGAUGAAGAAAAGGAAGAAGCAAAGAAACAGUUGAGUAAGUGAACGUUUGUUAAGUUUUUGUUAUUUUAUAUUAUUGUAUGGUAGGGUAGAGAAAGAUAUGGUAGGAUAGUAUAGGAACUUAGGAUAUGAAAGGGUAGGGUAGAAUAACAUGGAUUAGGAUAGGUUAUAGUAAAGUAAGGUAGGGUAUGGUAGAAAAACAUAGCGGAGGUUAGGGUAAGAUAGGGCAGAACAAAAAAGCUUAGGGUAGGGUGGGGUAGAAUAAAAUAGGUUAUGGUAUGGUAAGGUAGGAUAAUCUAAGCUAGUAUAUAGUGAUUAAGACUUGAUUCAAAUUGACUCUUUUACAGUGAAAAAGCUAAAAGAACAAGAUGAAAACAAGGAAGAUGAUAAUACAGUAAGAAUGGUUGAUCAAGUCGAUGAACGAGAUUCUUCUGGCUCGGACUCGGAUGAUCCAGACAAUCCAGGAGGCAAAACUUCAGUUUUGUUUAUGCAGGUGAAUUUGUUUUUUGUUUUAGUGCACGUAUUUUACACACGCAUUUAAAUGCGAAAGAGUUGUUGUACUUUAGAAUUACAAUAUUGAAAAAAAUAAUACCAUUUUUAAAAAGUAUUGGAGGUUUUUGAUAUUUUUCUUAAGUUAAUAAACGAAAAGUUGAUUUUUAAAGUAGCGUAAGGUAAACUUUAAAAGAUAUUAAAUCAUUCUUCUGGAUUUUCAGGUCAAAAUAAUUAUGUAAUUUUUAGAAAAAGCGUAAAAGAACGGCCGAAGACACCGAAAAACCAAAUGGAUCAGAGAAAAAGCCAAAAUUGGAUAUCAAGUAUAGGAUUUUUUAAAAUUUCAGUUAAAAUUUCAAAAAAUACUAUCAUUUUACACUUUAUUUUACCUUUUUUUAAUUUUAUACCUAAUUUCAACCUUUUCUUUCCUCAGUUUGAUACCUCAUUUUAUACAUAAUUUCAUACCUCUUUUCCCUAUCCGCAAUACCUUUUUACUGUCACUGUGCGCAAAUAAAAAUCAGAAACGCCCGCACUUUUAUUAUCCGAAAAUGUGAAUUUUUAUGUCCGCAAACUUGAAAUUGUAAUAAAUUUAAUAAAAACGUGCUGUUACGAUACAGUAUGGACAAUAUAGUAGUAUAAUACUAAGUAGUGUGGAGGAAAAAAUAUAAAAUAUUUUAUGAGUACUGGUACUGUUUCAGCACUUUGAAAAAACUAUUGUAUAGUACUGGGUUAAACAGUAUUAAUGCCCGUUUAGUACCACCUUAUGACAUUUCAAUUCAAUACGCGACGGUUGAGUAUCACUGUAGGAACAUAUUGAUUUUUUACAAAUUUUAUAAACUUCCGGACUGUGAGAAAUUUUUUUUUCUUUUUUAAUUUUUGCAAGUAAAAUAAAAAAAAAGUGAGUAUUGGUUUUAAAACGGUACCAGUACUUCCGAAUUAUCAUACAUAUUACGCCAUUUUAUGCGAAUAGAUAGCUGGGUACUACUUUACGCCUAAAUUGACUUUUUUUUCGAUUCUAACACAGUACCAACACUGCUAGUCUACCAUAUCAUGAAAUUUUAUAACGAUAAAGAAGUUACGUACCAGUUUCCUAUAUGGUACUAUUAAUAUGUAAAUCUGUUUGUUUAUACUAUCAGUUAGUAUUAUGUAGUACUAGUAAGCUAAUAAUAUGUCAUAGCAGCACGUUUUUCAAUUAUUAGUUCAUUGGUAUAGCAUUACCAAUAUGCAAAAUGUUUUCGUUUUAGUGUUAUUUAGUACUACUUAAUGUAGCACUAUCAACACGAAAUUUUUUUCUCCGUACUACUAGUUAGUACUAUAUAGCACUCUAUUUUUCAUACAGUAUUGUAACGGCACGUUUUUACUAAAUUUAUUACAAUUUCAAGUUUGCCGACAUAAAAAUUUAGAUUUGCGGUCAAUAAAAGUGCGGGCGUUUUUAAUUUUUAUUUGCGGCCAUUGAGAAGUAUAGUUGCGAACAUUGUAAAGCAGGUCUACAAACAACAAAAUACAGUAUCUAAUCUUAAUCUUAUUUCAGAGAAGAAAAGCCAGCAGUAUCAGAAAAGAAACCCCCAACUCCACCACCACCACCGCCGGCUCCCUCCAUCUCCGGUCCACCGGUCGAUAAAUUGGACGAAGAGACGGUGAGACGCCUUUUACUCCGAAAACCACACACAACAAAGGAGUUGUUGAAUAAGAUACGACCACAUUGUGGAGACAUGUCCAAGACCGACAUUGUGGCACGAUUGGCCGACAUUCUCCGCAAGAUCGAACCACAUCAGUUUAGACAACAGGUCAACCGGAAGGAUGUCCUCUUCUUUUCAUUGAAACCACCACAGUAA